AGUAUCUCACGGAAUAACAAACGAGCCAGACUGCUCUGGAGCCCCGCCGGUCUUGUUAUUUGCAGCACUUACUUUGAUGCUCUUCACUAACUUCCAGUAAGAGGACUCCAUCUUUAAGCUGAUUUAUAAGCUUAUUCUGUCAGUAAUGUAUGUCGGACUGCUUCACCUAGCAAGUCUGCUACUCCUGGCUGCAGACACAAGCCAUGCUCAGAGGAUAACCCCGGAUUUAGCCAUGAUGCAGUACUUCCAGAGAAGGCUUAUCCAGCUGGAGGAACGCCUGAUCAAAUGUGAACACAACAUGCAGUUGCAUGGACAGAAGAUAUACUACUUGUCCAAUGAGAUCCACGGCCAGAUGAACAGGAUAAGAGCACAUAAAGCUGAGGUGAAGACCCAGGUGGAGAGUGUGGCCUUGAGGGUAGGCCGCCUGGAGAGGGACAUGGAGUACGUACAGAACAACAUCCCAGACCUGCCUAAUGUGCACAUGGAGGAGGCUCUGCUGGACCAACAGGUGAAAGAAGCCCGGACACUAAAGAAGAAAGCUAAAACUGACUUUGGGACAGAUUGUGGCACAGUUCUAACUGGUGUUGAGUCCAUGAAGAUUGUGAAGAAAGCUGGUGAUAUAUAUGGUGCCUGGUUGAGGGACCCAACUAAAGGUUCAGCAAAAGUCUACUACUUUUACGGCAUAAAAAAUGACACCUUGAUUGAGUUUCCGUCUUUAAAGAUCUUCCAUGAGAGCAAUUUCCUCCAGAAAUCAAACACUAUCCAGCUGCCUUUCCCCUGGCAGGGGACUGGCCAUGUGAUCUACAACGGCUUUGUGUACUACCACCAAGCAGACACGGCUAACAGGAUUCUUAAGGUGCAUCUCCUCAACCGCACAGUUAGUGAUAGCAUUAUACUGCCAGGGGCGCGCCAUCUUCCAGUAUAUGCUCUCUCCCCGCAUACGUUCGUACACCUGGUAGUGGAUGAGAUGGGGCUCUGGGUCAUUCAUGCUGACCCUGAUCUCGGAGGAAACUUGGUUCUCACAAAGCUUGACCCCGGGACGAUGCACGUGGAGCACUUCUGGGACACUUCCUGUAACAGUCGGGACGCUGAGGCGGCAUUUCUGAUCUGCGGAACUAUGUACGUGGUCUACAACUCCCGCCAUGGGGGGCGCUCCAGCGUACGCUGUCUGUAUGACAUCCAUGACAUCAUCCUCAAUGGAGAGUCCCCUGUGCUGUUCUUUCCCAAGGGGUACACCAACCAUGCCAGCAUGCAGUAUUACCCCCAAAACAAGGAGCUCUACAGCUGGGAUGAUGGCUACCAAACCAUCUACAAGCUAGAUGUCAAGAAAAAAAAUGUGGCCACAUCAAAUUGAGGUGGUUACUUGAAUAAUAAAGCUGAUAUUUAGAAUUGCAUGUUGUGUAUUACAGACAGUAGAACCCAGGAUAAUUGAAAUAACCAGUGUAGUAGACGAAUGAAAUUAUUAACCCACUGCAUGCUUUGAAUUUGGAAUAUUUUAUUUCAAAUAUUGCUCUUUUGUUCAGCUGUAUGGAUAUUAAAGCAUUCGUUUCAAAGGAAGUUUGAUGGACAGGUUCUAAAAAUGUCCAUGUUUAACACUCAUUACUGACAUCUAUUGGUCAAUAAAAAGUUGAAGCAUUA